CGUUUUAAAAAACUUGAAACUUGUAAAGUUACCCAAGUAUUGGAAUUCAUUUUACUCUUGCUGAAAGAUUAUAAUUUAUAAUUAAAGGAUACGUCGGGUACUUUCAGUAUUUUUUUUAUUGUUAAUGAACAAUAUCUGAAUUUGAUAAUCCAAAAUGGGAGAUGAUUCAGAAUGGCUGAAACUGCCUACAGAAGAGAAAUGUCAACACAAGGUCUGGAAAGCCAGGGUUGCGGGUUAUGAAGAGGCAGUUAAAUUAUUCAAUGGUUUAGAUGAAAAGAGCCAAGAGUUCUCACGUUAUGCUGGUUUGCUGAAAAAGUUUGUCACAGAUACAAAUGCAGUGGCACAAGAGAAGGGGUUGGAGGCUGUGUAUGCCUUUGUUGAGAAUGCUCCUACUAAUGUGUGUGGAAGAACAUGCAGUGAUGUUGUGAGUGGGAUUGUUACCAAGUGUCUAAAUGCUAGCAAACAAAAAACUAAAGACAGAGGUAUAGAAAUAAUCAUGUUAUAUAUUGAAGCAGAAAAACCAGAUGUGGUUCAGGAAUGCUUAAUGGCUGGGAUGGAAAAUAAGCAACCAAAGAUAGUGGUUGGUUGUGUACAGGCAGUUACCUGUGCCCUUAGGGACUUUGGUACAAAAGUGAUCCAGGUAAAGCCUUUGCUGAAGGUACUUCCUAAAUUGCUUGAGGACAGAGACAAGGGUGUACGAGAGGAAACUAAACAGUUGGUCAUUGAACUGUAUAGAUGGAUUGGAGCAGCUCUUAAACCCCAGUUGACUCAUUUCAAGCCUAUUCAGGUACAAGAAUUAGAGGCAGAGUUUGAUAAACUUCCUCCAGGGAAAGCCCAACAGUCUCGAUUCAUGAGGUCACAGCAGGAUCUGAAAGCCAAAAUGGAAGAACAAGCAGUGGCUGCAGCAGACGGGGGUGGGGAUGAUGUCACUGAUGGAGCAGAAGAAGAAGAGGCCAUUGACCCUUAUGAAUUAAUGACACCUGUAGAUAUCCUGGCUCAGUUGCCGAAGAAUUUUUUCGAACAAGUUGAAGCUAAAAAGUGGCAGGAAAGGAAAGAAGUCUUAGAGCAGGUUCAAAAAUUGGCUGAAAAUCCUAGGCUAGAAAAUGGGGACUAUAGCAACUUAGUUCGUGCACUCUUAAAGGUGGUAGCCAAGGACACUAAUGUCAUGCUAGUAACAAUUGCAGCUAAAAUUUUAGCUUGCCUGGCAGUUGGACUGCGUAAAAAAUUUCAGCCAUAUGCUACUCAGUGUGUGUCCACGGUGCUUGAAAAGUUCAAAGAAAAAAAAAGUAAUGUAGUUGCAGCUUUGAGAGAAGCUAUUGAUGCUUGUUAUCAAUCAAUCACUUUGGAAGCUAUAAUGGAAGAUGUAGUUGCAGCUUUAGAUAACAAAAAUCCCAGCAUCAAGAUGGAAACUGCUCUCUUUCUUGCUCGUUGUUUUGCCAGAUGUUCUCAGUCUACUCUACCAAAGAAAAUGCUAAAAGGAUAUGUUACCCCCCUUCUUAAGACAGUGAAUGAAUCUGAUCCUAAUGUAAGAGAAGCUGGGUUUGAAGCUCUUGGUGUUGCCAUGAAAGUUGUGACAGAGAAGAACAUUACACCUUUCCUUACAGAUGUUGACAGUAUCAAGAUGCAAAAGAUUCAAGAAUCUUGCCAAAAAGCUGUGCUGCUGAAUGCUAAGGGUGAGCCACGAGGUGACAGUAAAUCCAUAGUCCCGCCUGAUACUGGGGCCAAUAAAAGGCCAAUUUCUGCUCCUUCUGCCAGACCAGGGAUAGAAGAACCUAAACCUGUCAAACGCCCAACAACAGCGGCUCCUAAAGCUGGCGGGCCACCAAAGCCUGCAGCUGGUGGAGCCAAACCUAAACCUAAGCCACAGGGUAAAGGUCCGGUAAAGAAAGGUGGUAAGCCAGUUGAGGAGAAAUUAGAACCUGCUUUAAGUGAUGAAGCUGUUGAGGAAAAGGCACAGGUGUUCCUGCCUGGUGAUACACUUACAAAUCUAGCCAGUACAAAUUGGAAGGAAAGGCUUGCAGCCAUGGAAAGCUUCGUUAAGGUGGUAAGCAGCACAGGUAAAGAUGAGAUUCCUUGUCAGGUGUGCAUCAGAGUACUCAACAAUAAACCUGGACUCAAGGAAACAAACUUCCAGGUCUUGAAACUGAAGCUGGAGCUAAUAGCCCACUUGUCACGCAAUGCCAAAUUUUCUAAGAGAUGUGCUGAGUUUGUCCUGACUGAUAUUGUUGAUAAAUUGGGAGAUGCCAAAAAUGGUGCAGUGGCCAAAGACUGUUUGACUGGGAUGGCCGAGGCUUUGGGUUUGGAUUAUGUUAGUUUAGAGGUAAUGACAAGAGCAUUUGAACAGAAGAAUCCCAAAAACCAGCAAGAAACAUUAACUUGGCUCACAACAGCUGUACAAGAAUUUGGACUUAAGUUAAAUGUCAAAGCUUUACUGGCAACUAUCAACAAAGCUUUAGCUGCCACUAAUCCUGGAGUGAGGAUGGCAGGCAUUUCACUGCUUGGUGUAAUCUACACAUACAUGGGUGACACUUUGCGAGUUUUCUUUGAGAAUGAAAAGCCAGCAUUACUUCAACAGAUUGAUGCUGAAUUCGCAAAGAUGAAAGAUGUGAAGCCUCCUAUGCCAAGUAGGAAAGUAAUAUCUGCUGAUGGUGGGGAUGGUGAUGAUGGUGAGGAUGAGGACAAUGUUGAUGGUGAUGGGGAAGAGGAUGGAGAAAAUGCCAUGCAAGAUUUGUUGCCUAGAGUUGACAUUAGUGAGAAAAUAACAGAAGAUCUUUUGACUGAACUGACGGACAAAAACUGGAAGGCCAGAGGAGAAGCGCUACAGAAAGUGACCAACAUUCUUUCUGAGGCCAAGUUUGUGACGCCCAAUCUUGGACCUCUGCCUGAAGCUUUGAAAGCUCGACUUGGAGAGUCCAACAAAAAUUUACAAAUGAUUACAAUUGGAAUAUGUUCGACCCUUGGUACAGCGUUGGGGCCACACAGUAAAGGACCUUUCAAAAUUAUCGGUCCAGGUCUCAUUAUGUGUUUAGCUGAUUCUAAGCCAGCGUUACGUGAAAAAGUGAUUGCUUGUUUAAAUGUUUGGAUUGAACAUUCCACCCUCUUACCAUUGGUUGAAACAGAGGCUUUGAUUGAUGCCCUCAAGACGGAGAACCCUUUCUUAAGGGCAGAGCUCCUAGGCUGGCUCUCAGAGAAGUUACCAAACCACAAGCAGCUACCAGUAGAACUAAGGGGAGUUAUCCCUAAUGUGUUGACUUGCCUUGAGGACAGGAACGCUGAUGUUCGUAAACGUGCCGGGGAGUCCCUAGUGCCUCUCAUGAUCCACACUGGAUACGAUGCUUUCCUUAAAGCUCUGGGCAAGUGUAAGCCAGCCACCAAAGACCAAAUCCAGCCAUUGUUAGAAAAAGCUCGAGGUGAACUCCCUGCCAAGCCAGUGAAAGCUGUGAAGAAGGCUCCUGCAGCACCCUCAGCUCCUGUCAGCCAGAAGAGCUCUGCUAAGACAAUCUCCUCCACUAGCUCAUCCUCUAAGAUAGAUGAGCUGGAUAUGGAUGAUGAAACUGUGGUGGAGAAAUCCUCAGCUGUUAAGACAGACAGCAAAUCUAAAGUUGUUAAAGGAAAAGGGAAGGCUGCACCUCCACCAAGCACUAAAAAGAAAGAGGAGGAAGAUUUUGGUCCACCUAUGACUAUGACUGUAACUAAAGACCAAAGAGUUAAAGAGGAAAAAGCCAUGAAGGUCCUGAAGUGGAACUUUAUAGAGCUACGUGGUGAAUUUGUGGAGCAGUUGAAAACUCAGAUGGAAAAGAAUUUCAAUCGCUCUAUCAUGGCUGACCUAUUUCAUUCUGACUUCAAAAACCACAUCAAGGCUAUUGAACAGCUAAUUAAGUGUAUUGAGACCCAGGAGAGAGAGACAUUGAACAACUUGGACCUCCUGCUCAAGUGGCUGACCAUUAGAUUCUUUGAUACCAACCCAAGUAUGUUAAACAAAGCUCUGGAUUACAUUCAGCAGCUCUUCUCAAUGUUGACUUCAUUAGACUACCACCUCACUGAUUUGGAAGCUUCCUCAUUUAUUCCAUAUCUUUUACUUAAGAGUGGUGAUCCUAAGGACAAUGUCAGAAGGGAUGUACGCACCAUAUUGAAGCAAAUGUGCAAGAUUUACCCGUCAAGCAAGAUGUUUAGUUUCAUUAUAGAUGGUCUGAAAUGUAAAGUGGCUAAACAAAGAUCAGAACUGCUGGAAGAACUGGGUGGAUUGAUAGAGAACUAUGGCAUGAAUGUGUGCCAGCCCUCACCAGCACAUGCUCUGAAGAUUAUAGCUGGCCAGAUAGGCGACAGAGACAACGGUGUGAGGAAUGCUGCACUCAACACCAUUGUGGUAGCCUACACCAUUCUAGGGGAGAGUGUGUACAAAUAUGUUGGCAAUCUGAAUGACAAGGACCAAAGCUUACUAGAUGAGAGGAUCAAACGGGCCAUGAAGAACAAAGACAGCAAGCCUGUGAAGGAACCUCUCCAGCCACAGCCACAACAGCAGCAACAGCAACAAGCACAGCGGCCAAAGACAGCGCCUUCUGGAAACUUGGCUAAAGCUGCUUCACAACCUAACAUAAAUAGAAUGGAGCCAAUCAAGAGAACUUACCAACUGGACAUUGAGCCUGAGGACAACUGGGAGCCUGUGGUCCCAAGUCUGAUAGAACUUGACCUGGAGGCUGUAAUGGCGCCAGUCACUAAGCCAAAGUUUAUGGCCAGGCCAGCAUCCCCUGGUUUACCAUCCAAACUGAUAGGAUCAGCUGAUGUGUCUGCUAGCAUUGGCAGUGUGGUGUCCCUGAUCUCUGAUGUAGAAAUCAGCACCAGUAUUAAAGCCUUAGCCCAGAUAGAUGAGGUGUUGAAGGAUGAAAGGAAAGCUGCUGUGAUGGCCAACCACAUUGACAACCUGCUUGUUGUGAUCACCAUGCAGUGCAAGAUGGGGUUGGGGAAACACCUGCUGGACUCACAGGUGGACAACAAGGAGGUCAUCCGGCUCUACAGAUGUCUGCUCAGUACAUUGUUGAGUAUAUUUGACAAGACAUCAAUGGGUAAAAAAGCCUCAACACAUAUCUUAAAAGAUUUGAUGCACAGCUUACUGACAGUUCUACUAGACACACAAGUAGAGCAGUUGGAAGAAGGCCCUCAGAUCAUUCGCACUGUCAAUGUGACAGUUGUGAAGAUCAUCAACAAGUCUGACCCAACAAACAUUACAUGUGCAAUAAUUUCUUUGAUGAGAGAGUGCUUACAGAGUGAGACAUGUUCCUACAAAUUUUUGGACUUGGUCAUUAAGUGCCUAUGGAAGAUCCUGAACCUGGUACCAGACAAGAUCAAUGAUUUGAACUGUGACAGAGUUCUUUAUGAAGCUCACUUGUUUUUUCAACAAUUCCCUACCUCCAGUUGGAAAAGUAGGCCAAAUUUAGACAUGCCAAUUAGGACAAUAAAAACAUUGCUGCACAAUCUGACCAAGCUUAAAGGACACAAGAUUCUUAGUCACACUGGGCUUAUCGGGGCAUCUGAAAACUCUGAGGUAGAGGCUUACCUUCACACAGUGCUGGCUAAAAGCAGUGGCAGGCAGGAGGAUGCUGGUGUUGAUAGGGUAAAGAAUGCAUCCAAAGGCAAACGAGUCUCCAAGACACAUGAACUAUUGACAGAAAUAUUCAAGAAAAUUGGUACCAAGGAGAACACAAGAGAGGGGCUGAAUGACUUGUUUGACUUCAAGAAAAAAUAUCCAGAAGCAGAUGUUGAGCCUUUUCUCAAAAAAACUUCAGUCCAUUUCCAAAAAUACAUCAGCAACAUGUUGGCAGAAAUUGAGGAGGAGAGGAGAUCCAGGAAGUCAGGAGGUGACAACCCAAAUCUGAGCUAUAUGCAGCAUGGGACAGAGGACAGUGGUGUGGCUAAUGUGACUGGCUCGUCAGACCAGGACAUGCCAGAUGUUGAUUUCUACAGGGAAAAGUUGCGAGAGUUGAGGGCGAGAUGUGGUUUAGAUAGCAACAACGCUGUUGAGGCUGACAGUAACAAGAUGGUCAGCAAUAGGGUGUCUGGAAACAGCACAGAGACGGAUGAAACAGAUCACGGAGAUUUGGAAAUCCAAUGGCCUAGCAACCCCCCACGGGAGGAGGAACCCAAGCAGAUGGUAGAUGUGACCAGUUUGAAGGCAAGGCUGGAAAAAAUCAAGAAAAUGGCGAACAGCUAACUCAUUUCCUGUUGGUUUUUUUUAACCUUUUCUGAACAACAGUUCCACAGUGACCAGGUGACAAAGGGUCAAGGAUUUUUUCCAGGGAUUUCCAGUUAUUUAUAAUCAUGUAGCAAGCUUUAUUGUUUACCAAUGUUUUAGGUAUGAGAUUAUUUUAUGUAAAUCAAUUGUGGGUUUAUUUUUAGCACAUCCAGUUAAGUUACCAGAAAAACUUUCUUAAACAAAAACUAACUGAUCAAUGUUACUUUGGUAGCCAAUGUCUACACCGCUGCUAAAAUUAUUUUAAAUGCGUUUUUUGUUUGAUUAUCUUAAAGCCAGCGUAGACAGUUUAACUAACAUUACAACUUGUAUCCUCUGCUGUCAACAUUCAAUUCACUUGAACUACUGAGUUGUGUAGUUCACUUAAUAUACCUGUUACAAAAGCAUUUACCAUGAGACCACUUUAUGGUAUGGAGUUAAUCCUAACUGGGUAUGAUGGAGUCUCGAACUGAACAAAAAUGUAUAUAGAUUUUUUAAAGUACCUAUUAUUGAUCUGAUUUUAUUGAAUGUAACAUGCAGGUGCGCAACACUAACACUCAGGUGUAUGACACUAAUGUGCAGGUGUGUGACACUGUAACAUGCAGGUGUGCAACACUAACACUCAGGUGUAUGACACUAAUGUGCAGGUGUGUGACACAAACAUGCAGGUGUAUGACACUAACUUGCAGGCAUGUGACACUGUAACAUGCAGGUGCGUGACCGUGUAACAUAAUAGAAAAGGUGCAUUUAUAGACUCACAAGUUCAGUCUAACAUUUGUAAAGUUUCUUUCAUUUGUAAAGGAAACCAAUGCUCCAAGCUUGAAACAGGCAGAUGGUGCAAUAAUGCUUCAAUCUUACCAUGUUAAUGUACUUAAAACACAGAAGCUUUAAACAAAGAAGCGUCGGAAAAAUCUCCUACAUCCUUAACUAUAAACAUGUCUCAAGAAGUAAGUGAUGAACCUGUUGAAUCAACAGUGAUUGCAUUGUUUUCAAACAUAUAAUUUGAUAGCUGUAUAUAACUAUCCCAGUCGGUUAUAUGAGGCUCCUUUAGGAUACAACUAUCCCAGUGGGCGGCUCCUUGAUUUUUAAAAUCUUGAAUAAUUUAUUAUCUUACUCUUAUAAUUGAGAUGAUUGUAACAAGCUGUGUGAGAAUGAGAGAUGGGGGAACAAGGAUUUUACUCCAACCUAUCUACCUGUCUGUGUUGAGUGAAUUUGUGUGUGCUCAUAAAGAAUUAACUAUGUAACCUAGUUUCAGUGAAAUCAUGACCCAUGCCUUUUUAAAAAAAAAUAUUUGGUGAAAAUGUAAAAAAUUAAUGAACAUAUAAUUUAAGCUAGAAUAAUUGUCCUAGCUUUUGUUUUGUUAUAUAAUCCUUAUUUAUCGCCUGUUGAAUCUAAGAUUAUGACUGUUUAUUGGUUAUAUUUUAUAUAAACAUCGUUGGUAGCGCGCUUUGAAAGUAGGCACAUUGGAUACUUUUCACUGUAUUGAUAGUCUCUAGUUUGGCCUAUUGUGUAUAAGUAAUUACUGGUAUCUGUAGAAUAUGGUACUCUGCAUUUACAAUGUUUUCAUUUAGCUUGUAAAUUUAUUACACCAAAGUAAGGGUGAAUUAGCCCUUACGUUUUUUUUUCUACUUUUUUUAACAUUGCAGUUUAUUACUAUAUGCAUAUCCUCAGUUCUUCAAAUAUUCAAAGGCAAAGGAUUUCUUAAAUAUUUCAUUAUUAGUCCAAUUACAUACAUCCUAUUCCAACAGUUCUGCUUUAAUAUGGUGCGUUCAAAACCUAAACACACUUGCCAACAUUUCACAAUGAUGUAUAAGGCCUAACCUUGUCAACAUGAUGUCUUUGAAUGCUUUUUAUUUUUUGCAGUGUUCUUUACUGUCUUCCUAUGUCCUAACUUUGCACCUGUAAUCUCACCUGUUCAAACACCUGUUGGUUCCAAUCCUGCUGUCUUUAUUGCUUGUGUUUAAUAUUUGUACAAGCCAUUUCUAUUGGCUGCAUGCAAACUAAAGAAUUAAAGGC